CCCUUCCACUCCUCUCUUGCACCUCUUCCCUUGCCUACUUUGCUCUUUUGAACACCGAUGAGCUCCAAUACGGCACGAUAUAACGAUAUCUUGGCAAAAGCACGAUGGUACCGAUGUUCUCCGGAAGUUCUUGAACUCCAACCAGACUUGAAUGCUCUCGACGAAGAGAAAGAUUACUGCGCAUUUUGUGUUUCAACAUUAUGUGAAGAUUGCCCUCCCAAGCCAAAUACCGUCAGCUGCAAAGAUAAAAAACCGAACUUCAGAAAACGAUUUGUAGAGCUACCGUGGUCCACUGACAAUGUCGUAGAUGGCCAGCAACGAUACGCAAUCAUUGGGAAAGCUCUAGAAGAUUUAGCCACCAAUGGUGCAGGAAGUGUCGAGGACGUUAUCAAUACAAUAAAACAAUACGCCUCAUGGGUCCCGUCUUUCGAUGGUCUCCGAGAUUACGUAGAUCAUCGCAAAAGCCAGCGAAUUCUCCAGACUAUAACAGGAAUAGCCGCACUAGCUGUUAAAGCAAAGUGCGUGAUUACUGGGCCUCUGCCCCUUUUGUCAGCCAGUCAAAGUGGAUCUGUAACUCUUAGCCAAGAACAAUGUGCAUGCAUUCUCGCAAAUGGAUUCUUUUGCACAUUUCCGAAAGAAAGAGGAUUUUGCAAUGAAAUAAACUUCUCCGAGAUUUUCCACGCCGCUGAUCAGCUGUCUCAUGGUAGGCUAGAUUUUCUGUUGCACUACUUUUCAAGAGUGCUAGAAAAGAUGCCAACUGGCUGUGUUUCAUUUUGUCGCACUGCCUUGAAAGAGGAUACCUUUCCAAACUGGGCCAACGACGAGUCACAGCUCCAAUCCGUCGCAGUGGAUCAAAGCGGAGGAUUUGGUAUCUUCUUGGGAUGUGCACCUGUUUACUUUCCUUAUCGAAUGAUUGGAGGCUCUGUUCUCUCCCCCACUCCUCUAAAUGUAUAUCAGGAGGGGAUUCGUUUCCUGGUUUGUCCAGAACUGAUUGUGUCCUGCCUUUUAUGUGAGCCAAUGACUGUAUCAUGGCUAAGGGAGCCUGAAGCGAUCCAAAUCGUUGGUGCGCAGCUCUUCAAUAAUUGUGAAAGAUACAGUGAUGGUGGAGGCUGGAUAUAUAGUCCUGCACCCGGGCCUUCUUAUUACCGCUACGAUGAUCAAGAUCGCGAUAAAUUCAGACGUGUGACAUCAGAGGUAAUCGUUUUGAAUGCUCCUUUCAACAUCCAUAGAUGGCAGUAUACCAAAGAAGGCAUCGAUGACGAGCUCAACAAGGCUUAG